CUCCAAAUUCUCCAUAAACAGUCAAAAAACCCUUUUAGACGCCUAUAAUCUUCAAAUGACUAUGUUGUACCAUUGUGAUUUAGCGGCUCGCUCGGACUCUUACGUGCACGUGCAGUGAGUUUAUAAGAGAGUCUGGCAGCCUGUGUUUAGCUAGCAGGCUGUGAGCUAGCUGAGAUUAAUAAAGCCAAUAAUCACACAAAUACUGGACUGCACGCAGACGAUCUGAAGUCAUGAUUCACUGCAACGGGUGUACCUUCGAACAAGGGUUCCCUCCAGUUUGAGGACAAGUGGGAUCUUAUGCGCCCCAUCGUCCUUAAGUUGCUUCGCCAGGAGUCUGUAACUAAGCAGCAGUGGUUUGAUCUUUUCUCAGAUGUUCAUGCAGUUUGUCUAUGGGAUGACAAAGGACCCGCAAAGAUCCACCAGGCCCUCAAGGAGGACAUCUUAGAUUUUAUCAAACAAGCUCAAGCGCGAGUGCUCAGUCACCAAGAUGACACGGCGCUCCUCAAGGCUUACAUCGUGGAGUGGAGGAAGUUCUUCACCCAGUGUGACAUUCUGCCCAAGCCGUUCUGCCAGCUGGAGAUCACCCUGAUGGGCAAACAGGGCAGCAACAAGAAGUCCAAUGUGGAGGACAGCAUUGUUAGAAAGCUGAUGCUGGACACUUGGAAUGAAUCUAUAUUCUCCAACAUCAAGAAUAGAUUGCAGGAUAGUGCAAUGAAGUUGGUCCAUGCCGAACGGCUGGGAGAAGCGUUCGACUCGCAGCUGGUCAUCGGGGUCAGAGAGUCGUAUGUGAACCUGUGCUCCAAUCCUGAUGAUAAACUGCAGAUCUAUAGGGAUAACUUUGAGAAAAGCUACCUAGACUCCACAGAGAGGUUCUACAGGACCCAGGCGCCGUCCUACCUGCAGCAGAAUGGAGUACAAAACUACAUGAAAUAUGCAGACUCUAAAUUAAGAGAAGAGGAAAAACGUGCACUACGAUAUUUAGAGACAAGACGUGAAUGUAACUCUGUACAAGCUCUUAUGGAAUGUUGUGUGAAUGCACUGGUAACGUCAUUUAAAGAAACUAUCUUGGCUGAAUGCCCUGGCAUGAUCAAACGAAAUGAGACUGACAAGCUGCACCUCAUGUUCUCUCUCAUGGAUAAAGUGCCCAAUGGGAUUGAACCCAUGCUGAAAGACCUGGAGGAGCACAUCAUCAGUGCUGGACUGGCAGACAUGGUGGCCACUGCAGAGACCAUCACAACUGACUCUGAGAAGUACGUGGAGCAGCUCCUGACUCUCUUCAAUCGAUUUAGUAAAUUAGUGAAGGAAGCGUUCCAUGAUGAUCCUCGGUUCCUUACAGCCAGAGACAAAGCAUACAAAGCAGUUGUGAAUGAUGCCACAAUAUUUAAGUUGGAGCUGCCAAUGAAACAGAAAGGAGUGGGCCUAAAAACACAACCAGAGUCAAAGUGUCCGGAGCUGCUCGCAAACUAUUGUGACAUGCUGCUAAGAAAAACGCCACUCAGUAAAAAGCUGACCUCAGAGGAGAUCGAGCUCAAACUGAAGGAAGUGCUACUAGUGCUAAAAUAUGUCCAGAAUAAGGAUGUGUUCAUGAGGUACCACAAAGCCCAUCUGACCAGACGUCUGAUCCUGGACAUCUCAGCAGACAGUGAGAUCGAGGAGAACAUGGUUGAGUGGCUCAGGGAAGUUGGGAUGCCUGCUGACUAUGUGAACAAGUUAGCUAGAAUGUUCCAGGACAUCAAAGUGUCUGAAGAUCUUAACCAGGUUUUCAAGGAAAUGCACAAACACAACAAGCUGGCUUUACCAGCGGACUCUGUGAACAUAAAGAUCUUGAAUGCUGGAGCGUGGUCACGCAGCUCAGAGAAAGUCUUUGUGUCUCUGCCCACCGAGCUGGAAGACCUCAUUCCAGAGGUGGAGGACUUCUACAAGAAGAACCACAGCGGCCGCAAACUCCACUGGCACCACCUCAUGUCCAAUGGCAUUAUCACUUUUAAGAAUGAAGUAGGGCAGUACGACCUGGAGGUCACGACCUUUCAGCUGGCUGUACUUUUUGCCUGGAACCAAAGACCACGAGAGAAGAUCAGCUUUGAGAAUCUGAAACUUGCCACUGAGCUGCCUGAUGCUGAACUGAGACGAACUCUCUGGUCACUCGUUGCCUUCCCAAAGCUCAAACGCCAAGUGCUGUCAUAUGAACCUCAAGUGAGCUCUCCCAAAGACUUCACAGACAGUACAUUGUUUUUCGUUAACCAGGAAUUCUCCUUGAUAAAAAACGCCAAGGUUCAAAAGAGGGGGAAAAUAAACCUAAUUGGCCGAUUGCAGCUGACGACGGAGCGAAUGAGAGAAGAGGAGAACGAAGGCAUCGUCCAGCUUAGAAUAUUAAGAACACAGGAGGCCAUCAUUCAGAUAAUGAAGAUGCGUAAGAAGAUCACAAACGCUCAGCUGCAGACCGAGCUGGUGGAGAUCCUGAAGAACAUGUUCCUCCCUCAGAAGAAAAUGAUCAAGGAACAGAUCGAGUGGCUCAUUGAACACAAGUACAUCAAGAGAGACGAGACAGACCUUAACACCUUCAUCUACAUGGCGUAACGAUGAAACGACUCCGGAGAUGAUCCGUGACCGUUCUGGAGGACGGCGUACCUGUCGAGGAUCAGCAGCGGGGGAGGGAUGGUGAUGUCUCGAAUAUACUGCUUAGACUGCUGGUCUCUCGGGGCGUAGUCAAUGAGCUUGUUUUAACGACAAGACAGUCACACAUCAGAUAAAAAAUGUAUUUAAAAAAAAUAAAUCCCUGCCUUACCUUACAGUGAAGACACAUGGGAUGAGGAUAGGAGAUAAAAAAAAAAAAUAGGAAAAAAGACAAAGGAUUCUAUUUUUGCCAUUGGUAGUCAGUAUGCAUGGUGGGCAGUUUGCCUUGUGUAUGUGUACAUCUCCAGCAGCAUGCGGUCAGUGGGAAUGUCACAUUCAUCCCAGGACUUGUUUGUGUGUGCCGUGUUAUGAGUGUUUUUCCCCUCCCACAUCCUCCGUCUAGACCUCGCCGUGUCCCAUCCUCAUCGCACCGCCCGGGACGAGAGCCGUCCCAACGUCACCUGGCCUUGCAUGACGACACCGGAGUCACUGAGGAGCGCGGGCCGCGAUGGAGGACUAGCAUUAGCACUUUUCACACUCUCCUCCACAACAUGUCAGCAUGGCUUUAUUUGGGUUGUUUUUUCACGACUUCGGGUUUUGUUUUGACUUUCUUUCUUCGUCAAAAUAUCGCAAAUGAAAGAUUUGACUGGCUGAUAGCAGUUUAGGCAACACGUUACUCUUUCAAAUGCUAGGAAAAGAGAUCCUGGCAUUCAGAUGUCACGAAGGGUCAAGGUUUGUGGAGAAAAUCUCUCAGUUUGCGAUCUUUGUUUGUUUUUUCGGUGUACAUGCAUUAUCGUUACACACCAAGUCAGAAGGUCAGUGUAACGUAGUUGCAGUUUCUUUUUUGUGUUUGCUACACUUUUCCGUUAUCGGUCUCAAAUAGCGACAGAUGCCGACUGAUUAGCUUGUGAUAAGGUGGCCCCACUAAGGUCCUGUAACAUGUAGCCUACUCAUCACACCUUUUGAAUUUUAGCCACAAGUCCCAUUUAUUGUCACGGCUGAGCGUAAACAAUCGGUAAAGCACAGUUACAGGAGUCCGAGUAAAGCAAGCACUGCUCCAACCUCAGGUAAAGUAGGGCAGUUAUUUUAAAAGUAGGCUGUGCUAACUUUAAUUAGCGCCUCGCGGUUCUUGUUAAUCACACAUUGCCAAAACUAAGCGCUCUAUUUCCGAGGUCACCCUCGUAGCCACAUUUAGUGGAAAACAGGAAAUCUGGGCUUUUUUUUUUUUUUGACUCAUUAUUACCCUAUUAUGACUGAGUAUCUAUGAACAAAAGCUUGUGCAAUUACUGAUUAGCUGUUUAUUAUAAUCAAAUGAACUGUUAGCAUUUAAAUACGAGCAGAAAAAAAAGUAUUAAAUCUUAUUUUUCAAGCAGAUUUCAUAUAGUGAUAGUGUCUAGUCAGUCUAAGAUGUAGUUUUUCUGUGGGUUUGGAGUGACGGUUGAAUCAAACACCAAUGUGUUAACCAUAUAUCAGCCUGCCAGUGUGUCCUCAAAAAAGAACAAUAAUAAUAUCAUAUUUACUGGCUGAUGACAUCUAGAUUUGAUUGUACAUUCAUAUCCAAUCCCAAAACACUCAACAUAAUGAGGGGAACAUGAUGACGUCCCAAUUAAAUCCUCGCUGAUGUUUCUGUAACAUUGCUGCAGGUCAACUGUCCAUCUUCACUAUGGCAUUUUCUGUCAAUUCUCUUUGUUUUUCUGUUUUUAAUGCAACACAGUCAUUAAUUUUUUUAUCCCCAGUGUUUGAUUUCACAUGGUCACAGAAAUAGUGAAAAGGUUCCCUUCGAUUGUACUGAAAAGCCAUUCUUUAUAAGAUCCAGAUGUACAGUGUUUGAGAACAUUGUGUUAUUUGAUUGUCCACUUUAUUUAUUGAUAACUUAAGCUUGUUUGAGAGGUCGAGUGUGUGUGUGUGUGCGUGUGCGCGUGUUUAUGCUUAGGAGCCUUUUACAACAGGGUGCUGUCAUAUCCUGUUAUGUUUAUGCAUUUUCAUUUUUGGAAUUUAAAAUCGAUGUUUCUGCUGACUGUAUGUUUUCCUCUUUCAAUUUCUCUAGGUGAAUACAUAUAAUUUUAAUAGGACAAGCACUAUGGUUUUCAUAUUUAUCAAUCACUGUUGGAGUUUGUUGUGUGCUUGUUAUUCUAAAGCCAUUUGAAUGACAUCAAAUGAAAUGCAGUCCCAAAAGCAUCAUAAUGUUCAGUUCAUUGUAGUGGAAGAUGAUGAAACUGAAUAAAAAUGGUCUGAAUGAACUUACGAGGGAAUGCUACA